AUGGACCUGCUGCUUGGCUACCAAGGUGAGGCUUAUGCUGUGGAGGUGAUGGCCCUGGUGCUGCAGGCGAUGGACUACAAGCCGCCGGUGGAUGAUCCCUCGUCUGUCACCUGCCUAAUGCAGAUUACACAUGUAUGCCUGCUGGCCACACUGAAUACCUUAAAGGAGUCAGAUCUGAAGAAGUUUAAGGACAUACUCAGCAUGUUCCCCUUCAAGGAAGGCUAUGUCAGUAUCCCCAGGAAACUGCUGAAGAAAGCAAAUGUGUGGGAGCUCACAGAACUGCUUCUUGCACACUGUGAUGAGGAUUAUGCUGUGGAAGUGGCUUCAGAGGUGCUGAAAGCCUUUGACUGUGAGCCCCAGCCAGAAUGUCUCCCUGGUUUCACCUGGAAAGGUUUGGAUCAAACUCCACUCAAGGCAGCUGGCCCAGUAGAACCACAACGGGAAGGAAGCAGGAAGAUGGAGAACCCGGCAGGUCCUGGGGAAGGUGUCAUGUGUGAGUUCUGCAGCUUUUCAGCAUUUCACAACAUUUCCAGACUCCUUUACUGCUUCUGCUCUCAAAUACCUUUGUCACAUGACAAUGUUCAACCUGCUUCCACUUUCAUCUUUCCCUUUGUGCCAUUCAGAGUACGCUCCACUGAGGCUGGCUCCUUCUAUUGCGGUGAUACGGAUCUCAUAUGUGAAGUGAAAGAAGCUGUGACAGUAACAUACCACUUUGAUUCAUGGCCUAAACAUCUGGAAGAACAGACCACUGAGGAGUUGCAUGUCGCUGGCCCUCUGCUCAGCAUUAAAGUUGAUGCUGAUGCAGUACAAGCUGUGGCAGCCAUUCACAUCCCUCACUGCUUGUGUCUUGAAGGUGAAGACAGUUCCCAUGUCUACAUUGCACAUUUUGUUGAAGGGGAGAUGAGGCUGGAGAAACCAGACAGAGUGGAGCCUCACCAUGCUGUGUUGGAAAACCCCAAGUUCUCUUCCCUUGGAGUCGUUUUCAAAAAGUGGUUCAAGCAAAAGAUCAACACUGUCGUACUGCUCUAUCAUACACUUCAACUUGAAACACCAACAUUUCACCUGUACCUCCUUCCCAAUGACUCUUCUAUAGUAAAGGCGGUUGAGAAGCAUGAAGUAAAUUCAAAGAGAAUAGAGAAACCCCCUAUGACCCUAAAA